AUGUAUGUCAAAUGCAAUGUUGAAGGCUGUCCAUGGAGGAUCAAUGCGAGAGCAGCUGGAAAGAGUACUCUAGCAUUUUUACGUGUAACAACAUUCAAAAAUGAGCAUGUUCAUAAUGCCCAAGACAAUCUUCACGUGACACAUGGUGGAUCAGCUAGCUUGACAUCAUCAAUUAUAAUUGAAGAGGUUAGGGAUCACAUAGACAUGUGUCCAAAUAAUAUAAAAAAGAGGUUGGAAAGAGAUUAUGGUGUGAAGUUGACAUACAAGCAAGCAUACAGGGCCAAGGAAAAAGCAUUAGAGGACAUACAUGGCAGACCUGAUCAAACUUACAUGCUUAUUCCAUGGAUAUGUGAUCGGUUGAAGGAAACAAAUGACAAAACAGUGGCAAAAUGGGUGGCUGCAAGGAACAACAGAUUUAAGCGUGUAUUCAUAGCCUAUGGGUGUUGCAUAGAGGGUUUUAUUGCUGGUGCUAGAAAUGUACUGUAUAUUGAUGGAAGUCAUUUAAGUGGACCGUAUAAGGAGACAUUACUUUCAGCAUCGGCUUAUGAUGGGGACAAUGAAUUAUUACCUUUUGCCAUUGCGAUUGUGAAGGAAGAGACACUUGAGGAUUGGACAUGGUUCUUACAUAUGAUUAAGGAGAUAGUUGGGUCAAUGCAAUUAACAAUUAUUUUAGAUAGAAAAAAUGCAAUUAUAGGCGUUGUGCAAGCAAUAUUCGGAGGUGAGUGA